AUGGAAAUAGAUGCCCUCAAGUCCGAGUGCGAAUUCUACCUCAACAGCUUCCCGGGUAGAGAUAGCCUAGCCCCAAACACGGCGUUCAACGGUCGUGUAAGGAAAUGUCUCACCGGAGCGUACGACGACCACGCCCACGCCCCAGAGAUCCUAUCGGGAGUCAACAAAAUGGUUUCGUACCGUAACACCUUAACGAGAUCAGCAACAGAACUGUUGACCCUCGCGGGGAUAUUCAAGCCCAACGGAUUAGACUGCGCGGAGUUCGACUUUGAAACUUUCCAAGAAUCGCAGGAGUACAAGAAUAAGAGUGGCAAAUGCGAACAUGCCUUUAGGCAGGUCGCUCGGUUCGAUAGGGUCUUUUUUCCUCCUCCAGAUGACGAGGAGGGGAGGCCGUGGGUUAAGCCGGUUAAGUAUGUCGCUGCGGCGCUGACGCUGGAUGAUAAUAUCGACUCGAGCGAGGAGAUUGCGGAUGCGGUGCAACGGAUUACAUCGAGUAUGUACAUGAGCCUCUUCAUUCUGCAAUGGCGCUAA